CACUCACACUCACACAAAUUCGGAAUUUGGAUCUCCUUUUCGAUCCCCUGUUCCUCUGCGAAACGAAAACUAUAAUUUCGCAUAGCGCUGCAAUACCAUGUUGUAAUUUCAAUCAUGCAAACUGAAACUUUCCAAUUUUCCAUAAUUACGGUCCAUUGAGUCAAAAUCUUAUUCUUAUUUUUAUUAUUAUUAUAUUUUCUCAGCUUCCAAGUCCAGAUCCUUCAAUUCUCUUUGUGAACCUUCAAAUAUCAAAUCUUGUACUACUCACUCCAUGUAGCUUCUCCUUAAACUGCGAUUCAAUGAUUCCGUUGCUUCGCUGCACUCUCUUUUCGGGUACGUUUAAUCAUUUCCCCUUUUUCCAAAUAAGAAAAAAUAUAGUACAAUGAACAAUUACCCUUUCGGAUCCCAAGGCCCCAAGUCCUUUCACGCAUACCCAAGAAGUGACUUCGAUUUAGAAUCAGGAACCGUCGUCAAACGAACCAGAAGACCAAAAAACUCAUCUUUUCACCCCUUCAGGAUGAUCAAAUCAUUUGGGAAACGUUUUCACCACUAUUUCAAGCUUCACCCACUCAUGGGUCUCUUCUUCAUAGCCUUGUCUUUUGGGGUCACACUUAUCAUAUUUAUCUCUUUUUAUGGAACCCAUUACGGGGUGCAGCAGAAUGUUUAUGGUAAAUCUGAUGUGGGUUUGUAUGAUUAUCCGUUCCCCAAGCUUCAGAAUCUUGUUAUGGUUGCUGGGCAUUCCAUUUAUACAAGCAGCAACUGUGGGAAAAUUGACAAAGAGGAUUCUUGGUUUUUGGAGUCUUAUCAGAAGAAUCCUGGUCAAGCUACCACUUUUCUGGCACAUAUUCAUAAAGGGAUUGAAAUUGCAGCCAGGGAUGACUCUGCUCUGCUUCUGUUCAGUGGUGGAGAGACUCGCAGAGAUGCUGGCCCUCGUAGUGAGGCGCAGAGUUAUUGGGCUGUUGCAGAUUCGAAAGGAUGGUUUGGUAAAGAAGAAAGUGUGAAAUGGAGAGCACUUACAGAGGAACAUGCACGGGACAGCUUUGAAAAUCUUCUAUUUAGUGUCUGUCGAUUCCGAGAGCUUACUGGCUCCUAUCCCCAAAAUAUAACUGUUGUAAGUUACGAUUUCAAGGAAGACAGAUUUGCGCAUCUACAUCGAUCUGCUAUUGGGUUUCCAGAGUCAAAGUUCUUCUAUGUUGGCACUCCCGCUACAUCAAAUGCAAAAGCAGGUGCUCUGAAAGGCGAGGAAUUGGUCAGAACUCAAUUCCAAAGAGAUCCAUAUGGAUGUCGAGGUUCACUUUAUCACAAGAAACUAAAGCGUGAUCCUUUCCAUCGGUCAAUUCCUUAUCCAAAUGGGUGUCCUGAAAUUGAAGCUUUAUUCAGAUAUUGUGAACCAACUCCUUAUCCUGGUGCACUCCCGUGGUCAUAGUAACCAUAACUUAGUAUAUACAAGUGUAAACUAACAAGAUAGAGAUAUUAGAUACAAAUACGAUGACUUUACAUUGCAUGAAUUUGUUGAUGAAUGAUAUGAAGAUUAAAUUUUGUUGAACUGAG